CGCACGCUUGCGUUCGGCAGGUUCAAACUCUGACCGAUCAGGAAGAACGAUUCGCGGGAGACUUCAGCUCGGAAGCAUAUAAUUUGAUUUUUAAACACUGGGUGAAUUAAAUUAUAUAUAAAUCUGUUACAGUGACAGGAACCGACGCAAAGAUGUCUGUUGCCGGACUGAAGAAACAGUUUUAUAAAGCGAGCCAGAUGAUGAGUGAGAAGGUGGGAGGAGCCGAGGGAACUAAACUGGACGAGGACUUCAAAGACCUUGAAAGGAAGGCUGACAUCACCAGUAAAGCCAUUGCAGACGUUCUCUGUAAAACCACAGAAUACCUGCAGCCUAACCCAGCAUCCCGAGCAAGACUGACAAUGGUGAACACCGUGUCUAAGAUGCGCGGACAGGUGAAAAGCCUAGGUUACCCACAGGCAGAGGGACUUUUGGGGGAAUGUAUGCUCAAAUAUGGCCGAGACAUGGGAGAAGACACCAACUUUGGUGGCGCUUUAGUGGAGAUGGGAGAGGCCAUGAAGAGACUGGCCGAAGUGAAAGACUCUCUGGACAUUGAUGUCAAACAGAACUUCAUUGACCCUUUCCAAACUAUAAUCGACAAGGACUUGAAAGAUAUACAGCAUCAACUAAAAAAACUAGAGGGCCGUCGACUGGAUUACGACUACAAGAAGAAGCGUCAGGGGAAGAUUGCAGAUGAGGAGCUCAGGCAGGCGGUGGAGAAGUUCCAUGAGUCAAAAGAUGCAGUAGAAUCCAGCAUGCAAAAUCUUCUUGAUACUGACGUGGAGCAGGUGAGUCAACUCGCAGCUCUUGUAGAAUCUCAACUGCAGUUUCACAGACAGUCUAUGGAGGUCCUGGAGGAAUUGGCUGAGAAUAUGAGACAAAGAGUAAACAAGGCCCAGUCUCAGCCCCGGCAGAAACGGAUGCCCGUGUCCAGACCCAGUUUUGAUUACUCCGAAUCUGAAAUCUCCAACGGAGGCUGGAACUCUUCAGCUUCCUCCUCACCGACCAACUCAUCUGCAGCUGCCAAAUCCUUUAACAGAGCAUCUGGACGCCAACAACGUAAUUCAACAGAUCAGCCGUGUUGCAAGGCUUUGUAUGACUUUGAGGCGGAAAAUGACGGAGAGCUGGAAUUCUACGAGGGCGACAUCAUCACACUGAUCAGUCAAAUAGACGAGAACUGGUACGAGGGAACCGUGCACGGCCAGACUGGAUUAUUCCCUUGUAACUACGUCGAGGUGAUGGUGCCCCUGAAACACUGAUCAGACAGCCAGAAAUAAAGACAGAAAAUGGACAGACGAGGGAGAAGUGUGUUAAACUUGUGUUUCACUCUGAGCACUUUGACUUAAAGAACUGAAAGAAAUGUUGGGAUGGAAUAUUUACUGGAAUUUACUGAUUGGUGAGGUCCAGUUUUGUAGUUUAGCUUAGUGUAACACUUGUCAUUUCCCACUGUUAAAUAAACAUCACUCAAAAGUAUCCCAAAGAUCAACAUUUUGUCUUGGUUUCUGGAGUAAAAUGGAUUUUAUUUUUGUAUUAGUUUCUUAUAAAAGUGAUGUUACGUUCUUAAAAACUCAGAUAUGCAGCAUCUUGACUGUAAAAUAAAAAUGUAUAGCUACUGUUGGUAUUCACUGCCCUCUAGUGGCCAGAUUUGACUACAACAAUUCUUAACGUUGGCUGGCAGUUUUCAAUCAUGGCUUGUUUCUCUUUCUGAUUGGUGCAGCAGAGCUUGCUGGGCGUGGCCUCCUUAUAACACCCAUAAUGUUUCAGCUAUGUUUGAAUAACUUAUACUAAGAAAUGCAGUUGUUUUGAACAUAUAUUAGAAUAAGAUUAAUCCAUGUGAAUUUAAAUAUAGCUUUAAAAAUAGAAUCUGCAUGCUGGAAAUGAUGAUUAUGUAAAGGUUGAAUACAGCUAUUUGAUAUACCAGAAAUACCAGUUUGUGCUUAUGUAGACAACCUUUCCCUCUCUUAUUCCCUUCUUCCCAAAUUUUUAUUUUUCUUAAAUGUUCUUGUAUUGUUUCCUUUUUCCUAUUUACUGUAUGCACUCUUGUGUACAUCUGCUUCAUCUCUCUUCGCUAUUUAAAUGAAAAAAGGAACCUUAAUUAAUCCACUUCCUUACUGUUUUAAUAUACUGUGUUUUCAAAGAACUGUUGUGGUACUGAGCAAUUGGGCGAGUUUAUUACCUGCAGUGAAGAGGAAACCCUUAUCACGUUGCUUUUUUGUUUGUCAAAAACUGUGGUACAUCUUUGAAUGUGAUUUACAUGAUAUCAGAGCUCCACAGGGAUGUUGAGGUCAUGUAAACUGAAUCAGAGUCUAUUAAACACCGAUUCUCUUACUUUUAAGACAGGUUUACUGUUUGCCAUGUUGACUUUGUAUUAAUAUGGUUUUAUUUUAUAUCCUUUCACAAAGAGGGUAUUUAGUAGUUCUGUUUAACCACUGACCCCCAUUCAGUUCCGUUUCUCACUCUUUAAAAUAAAGUUACAUGUAAAAUUCAGGGAGGGGCUGUUCUUUGACCAGUCUGUUAGAUCUGCUUUAUUUGUACCGUACGGCUAAGCUCAGUUUCAUUGUGGAUGGCUAACUUAAACUAAGCAAAUGUUUGCAUAUAAAUGUCGAUGUGAAUUUUGUUUGUCUUUUCACUGCUUUAACGGUAUUAUUCAACUGUUUGUACACCUUUCUUUUAUAUUCAUAUAGUUGUGCAUCAAGGGAUAGUUCACCUGUCAUUUACUCACCCUCAUGACGUUCCAAACCUGUAUGAAUUUCUUUCUUCCAUGCGACACAAAAGGAGAUGGUUUCAGUCACCAUUCACUUUCAUUGCAUUCUAUAAAAUGAAAGUGAAUGGUGACUGAGGCUGUCAUUCUGCCUAGCGUCUCUCAUUGUGUUCCAUGGGAGAAAGUCACACAGGUUUCAAAUAACAUGAAGGUGAGUAAACAAGGACCGAUUUCAUUUCUGAAAAAUGUCAUUUCUUUCAUUUAUUCACCCUCAUGCUAUCCCAGAUGUGUAUGACUUUUUCUUCUGAACACAAGCAAAGAUUUUUAGAAGAAAAUCUCAGCUCUGUAGUGAUUCAGAGCAAUGCUAAUGCAAGUGAAUGAUGACUGAAACUUUGAAUCUCAAAAAGCACAUAAAUGCAGCAUAAAACUCAAUUGGUUUAAUCCAUGCCUUCUGAAGCAACCCAAUCUGUUUUGGGUGAGAACAGACUAAAAUGUAACUCCUUUUGCACUGUAAAUCUUGGCAUAUGCUGUUUCCUUGGUGAUCAUGAUUUCAAGCUUGAUUACACUUCCUAUAGCGCCAUCUAGCACUUGGAAGUGUAAUCGAACUUGAAAUCAUGAUUUUGCCUAAAAACUGCAAUGGCAAGAUUUAUAGUGAAAAAUUCUUAUAUUUUGUUCUUUUCUCACCUAAAAUGUAUUAGAUCUCUUCAGAAGACAUGGAUUAAACCAGUGGAGUAGUAUGGGUUAAUUGUAUGCUGCGUUUGUGCUUUGUGGAGCUUCAAAGUUCUGGCCACCAUUCACUUGCAUUGUAUGGACCUACAGAGCUGAGAUAUUCUUCUAAAAAAUCUUUGUUUGUGUUCUGCAGAAGAUAGUAAGUCAUACACAUCUGGGAUGGUGAGUAAAUGAUGAGAAUUAUCUUUUUUUGUGAGAACUAUACUAUUACCAAAAUACCAAAGGGAAAAACUGAACUGGUUUAGGUUAUCCAACAUUUUCAGAGCAGAUCCAGGUGGACCAGAUCAUGUUUCUGAUUGUUUUUUUGUUUGUUUGUUUUUCAAAUUAAGACAUGGAAAUUAUUCUGCACACUAGAUAUGUAUACUGCUCAGUGAUGUGCAUCAUAAGGGGUGAUACUAGGUCACAUAUAUCAUCAGGUUUACUGGAAUGAGCAUACUAUAGUGUGUUAUGGAAGAAAACAAAGGCAGAAACUCACCCCUAAUUAAGUCAUGUGAUUCCACUCAUUAGUCAGCAGAUCUCAUUUAAUGUUGGUCAGUUGUACAGUAUGACCUUAAAACAAACCAGUGUGACCAGCAUUCUUAAAGGGACACAAGUUUGAUAAAAGAUUAAUUUUUUGGUGAACUAUCCCUUUAAAGCACAAACGACACCUGUAUUUGCUUGAGCAAUUGUGCUUUGGGUGAGGGAUGCUGGUCUUAUAUCAGAUUUGCUGCCGGUUUACCCAGAUCUGCCCUUGGAAACCCUGUUUUACAUAGUGUUUUGUUUUCUCUAUGCUGCUUUGAAGUACUGUACUCUCAUCACCCUAAACGCCUCUUCAUUUUUAAGUGCCUUAUAGAUGCUUUUGAUGUUUAUAUUUAAAAGUAAUGCUAUUUUUAAUAUGGGUAGAAUGUAUUAUCUACAAUGGAAAACCAAUAAGAGAUGGAUUAAUCUAAUAUUGCUUGUGCCUUUAUUGACCCUGGUGAACGUGAUGGUUAGGCCUUAAAAUUGAAAUCAAGUUAUAUGAUAGUUGUAUAGUUCAGAAAGUAUUAAAUGAAUUCCUGUCAAAUCAGUAUUUCCUGCUUGAGUAUAUGUGUGUGAUUUAUUCUGUUAUAAAGAUGUGCAGGGCUGAGAGAACACUGUAUAUUUUCAUCUUAAAUAAAUAUGGAAAUAAUAUAGGCUUCCAUGAUCUGGUUGCUGUUGUUGCUGAUUUGAUUUCUUACCUUAACCUAUUGAGACCCCCACGUGAGUGCUGUGUGCAUUUUCCAUUUCCCAUUUUGAGUUGUAACUAGUAGCGCCUAAUAAGCGAUUAAUAGCAAAUAGUUGUCCUAAAAAUAUAUGUCCACAUAUGUGGACAGUGAGACUUUGUUUCAAAUAACACAAAGCUAUAGAA